GAACGUUUGAGGUUGGGGUCGAGUUUCUUGGGGGGGAUUGUCGUAGUGAUGCCUGAGGGAUGCCGCUUGGGGGAAUACAUAAGUGCAAUGCUUCUUUCCCCGCUCCGCCUAGACUAUUCACCAUGAGGCUGUGAAGGCAGAAGCUGCAGAAUUUUCACAUAACUGACUCAAUGAGCUCAUUAGUCGCAUAUGAUGAUUCGGACUCUGAGACAGAUACUGGUACAUCCGAAGAUGCUCUUCACGGUGAAGCUAACCUUGCAAGUCCCACUAUGACUACUGUGGGGUCCAGGAGUGGAUUUGACGCAAUUUCGGAGAGGCGAAUCCAAUCUGUAGACUACACAGCUGGCUCCACAAAGAAUGUCUUCCACAACGAUCCCCUUUUAUAUCACAUGCAGGCAGAUAAAAAGUCUUCGGCAGUAGCACAUCCUGCUGCAUUACAGAUGGCUACUUGUAGUCCGGGGCAGUGGUUGAGUUCCAUGCAGAAGCCUCGAGUACUUUCUGAAAAUGAGAAUUAUUCUCAGAAGAGGGCCCCUGGGGACUGUGAACCUACUUUGCAAGGGCUGAGACCAUACAUUCCCAAGAGACUGAGACAGGAAAAAGACCCUAAAGAGGGUGGAGACAGUGCAAAUAAGUCAGCCAACCUUGGUGUUGCAGGAGAUGGAAUGUCCAUUGAAAUUUCCAAAUACAUCGUGCCAUACAUAGGAUCUAACUAUGGCGUCACAGCAAUUCCCACCAGCUUGGUGUUCCAUAUGUCUGAGCACAGAGAUCCCGUCAACGUUGUCCGAUGGUGUCCUGUACAGAAGUGGGGUCACAUGUUGCUUUCUGCAUCUAUGGAUAAAACUGUCAAGGUUUGGGAUGCUGUGGACCGAGGCUGUUGCUUAAAGACAUAUUCAUGCCACUCCGGUGCUGUUCGAGAUGUCCAGUGGUCCUCUUCUGGAAUCUGCAUUCUCAGCGGGGGCUUUGAUUCAAUGCUUCAUUUAACAGAUGUUGAGACAGGAGCCCAGGUAUUUAGUGGUAGGAGUGAAUUUCGAAUCGGCACCCUGAAGUUUCACCCUGCUGAUCCUAAUGUUUUUAUUUGUGGAGGAUUCAGUCCAGAGGUUAAAGCCUGGGACAUAAGGAUGUGCAAGGCAAUUAAAGAGUAUAAAGCUGCAGUACAGCAAACCUUGGAUAUCAUGUUCCUCCCCGAAGGAAAAGAAUUCUUUACCAGCACGGACGUGGUGAGCCAAGAUUCAGCUGACCGUACCAUCAUGGCUUGGGACUUCCAAACGGGUGCAAAGAUCUCCAAUCAGAUUUUCCACGAGCGUUAUACCUGCCCCUGUCUCACUCAUCACCCAAAAGAUUCCAUCUUCGUGGCUCAAACAAAUGGAAACUACAUGGCUUUGUUCUCAAGCCUCCGACCCUACCGGAUCAAUAAAAGGAAGAGAUACGAAGGGCACAAGGUUGAGGGAUUUGCCGUCGGCUGUGAGUUCUCUCCAGAUGGAACGCUGCUUGUGACUGGGAGCUCCGAGGGCAAAGUGUUUUUCUAUAGCUAUCAUACCUCUCGAAUUGUGCGCAUGUUGUCUGCGCAUGGGUCAGCUUGUACGAGUGCCACUUUUAACCCAGUCCUCCCAUCCCUACUUGCUACCUGUAGUUGGGAUGGAGAGAUCAAGAUAUGGCAGUGAUGAAAGAUGUAGAAUACUGUGAAUUCUCUGGCUUUCUAGCUUCCUACCUUUUUUAUCUGUAAGGAUUUGUUUUGAAAUUCUGUGUUGUGAGACUGGGUGUGGCUUGUUUGGCAAUAGAGUUUGGUUUCCUGGCUGCCUCAUACCAGGUCCAGGACCUUUGCACCAUAAUUGUGGGGUUCCCCCAUGUGCACAGAGAUGUGACUUAUUUACCACCUUCCUGCAGCUGUCUCCACCCAAUUCCAGUUAUUAACAAUUAAGGGCAAGCUUUGUUUGGCUACUUGGCAGUCCCAAGGGCCGUCCAGUUGAUGACUCACCUGCUGCAAGAAGACACAAGUUGUAGAACGGGAAGAGACAAAAUGUCCCUUGAAAAGGCCUCUGGUAGCACAUAAACCUGAGUUUAACUCAAUCUGCACUAUAGUUUUAAUUCUUUUUACUUCUUUACUGCUAAGGGUCCUGCCACAGCUUUCAUUGGGCAUAAUGGCCAAUGCAACCAUAGAAGUUUUAUCCAGGACACAACACUACUGUCGGAACCCAGUGACAUAGCACCAAGGGGGCGGGGAUGUGUGUGCGAGCGAUGCACAGUGCGCACGCCAAGGUGUGGGUGUUCCGGGGCGGGGCACAGGGCACAUGCAUCCCCGGGCCCAGUUCCCCCUCCCUCCGGCCCUGUCGGAACCCGAUCUUAAAAUCACUGUGCUGGAUCCCAUGGAUCUUUUUUUGGCCAAAUACAGCAGCAGCCACCAGUGUGAGGACCGUUUUGUUGAUGUAAGAGUUUGAAGAGAGUUCCAGGUUAGCUGAAGAGUCUCCUGGGAUCCAACCCACUCUGUUUCCCACUAUUUAGGGGGAAAGCUCAAACCAAAGGGAGGGCUUCAUGAUUUAGAUUUAAAAAGGCUUUCCUCACAGACGCUUAAAAGACACCUGAUUUGUUUGUUUUUUUGUACACCAAUCCAUUUUUGACUGUCUCCGUACCAGAAAUGGCAGAGUUCGGUUCCCAUUUAUUUUCAGGUAUAUUUACAACGUUUCAUCUCUUUCCUAACUUUUUUUGGAUUGUAGGGAAUGAAGCUGUCAAGGUGCUGAUGUUGUGGAUGAAAACAUUAAGUAUGAAUUCCAUGCAUAGUUUGUAUGGACAGAGCUAGUAAUGAUCUGCCAUAGAUGACCGUUGGGAACUGCACCAUUCCUCUCUUGUGCUAGAGAAAAUGAUUUUUUAAAAAAAUAUUCCAUGUAUGUGAAAGGUGUUCGCAUUCACAUAUUUAAAGUGUAUAAAGAAAAUAAUCCUGUAAAGUUCAAUAAAUGCUGGUUUCCCUG